CACAGCUGUCCUCCGGUGCAGCGGCCUAGCGAUGGUGUACGCCCAGUCGGUUGGUGUCCCUCCCUCCCUCUACUCUCCGUCCUUCAUGUAUCAGAUGUCCUUGAACUUCUCUCAGAGAGACAACUCCACUGUCCUGGCAACCUUACCCACAACCGCCGCGUCCUCCUGCCCGUCCAACGGGACCGGCGUCUCCUACGAGCUGACCUCAGGCGAGGCCGCCAUUUUGGGUUUGGUGUUCUCCGUCCUCUGGCUGGUCUCCAUCCUGGGAAAUGCGCUGGUCUGUUUGGUGGUCCACCGCAGCCGGCGGACCCAGUCCACCACCAACUACUUCGUGGUGUCCAUGGCGUGCGCCGAUCUGCUCAUGAGCCUGGGCUGGGCGCCGUUCAUCGUCCUGCAGGUGGCGUCGGGCCGAUGGCCGCUGAGCGCCGGCGCCUGCAGGGCCGUGCGGUACCUGCAGCACCUGUGCCCCGGGGUGCAGGUCUACGUGCUGCUCUCCAUCUCCGUGGACCGCUUCUACACCAUCGUGUACCCGCUCAGCUUCAAGGUGUCCAGAGAGAAAGCCAAGAAGAUGAUCGUUGCGUCGUGGCUGUUCGACGCCGCCUUCGUGUCGCCCUGCGUCUUCUUCUACGGUUCCGCGUCUACCGGCGGCGGUCACUGUGACUUCUUCCUGCCGGACAGCUGGGGCGGUGUCGCCUACGCCGGCGUCCACUUGGUUCUGGGUCUCUUCGUCCCGGUGGCGCUGAUCGUGUCCUUCUACCAGCGGGUCGUGCGCUACAUCUGGAGGAUCAGCGCCGACGGGCACACGGUGCGCCGCACCAUGAACAUCGUCCCGAGGACUAAAGUCAAGACCAUCAAGAUGUUCCUCAUGCUCAACUCGGUGUUCUUCCUCACGUGGACGCCGUUCUACGUGGCCCAGCUGUGGCACCCGCGGGAGCCGGACGGGCCGAGCCGGCGGGGGCUGCUGGUCUUCACGGCCGUCGCCUGGCUCAGCUUCAGCUCCACGGCGUCCAAGCCGACCCUGUACUCCGUGUACAACGCCAACUUCAGGCGGGGCAUGAGGGAGACCUUCUGCAUGUCGUCCAUGAAAUGUUACCGUAGCAACGCUUACACCAUCACGGCGAGCUCUCGGAUGGCCAAGAAGAACUACAUCGGCGUGGUGGAGAUCCCGGUGCAAGCGAAGACCGUCGCCAAGGACUCGGUUUACGAUAAGUUCGACCGAGAGGCGAAAGAGAAGAAGGUCGCCUGGACCACCAACGCCAACCCGCCCAACACGUUCGUCUAAGUCAGAUUGGACAGUCUGGACAACUGUUAACAUACAAAAAACAGCAAAACGUCGGUGUUGGGGGGGGGGGGGCUAGCUGAUUGGUCGGGUGUCCCCACCCGGUGUUGGCGGGGGGGGCAGCUGA